AUGAAGGCAUUGAUGCUACUGGUUCUAACCUUUGGAUGGAGCUCUGGAGAACUAAUUAAACCGACUUCCCACAAAAAACGGGAACUCCCGCCAGGGGCUAGUGAACAGGUGAUAUCCACGCAUACCUUUGAUACCAAAUCGUCAGAUGCCAACAACUAUGGGCACAAAUUCUAUAGGGAGGUGACCAUUACUAAGAACGUUCCUGUCCCGUAUCCGGUGAAGGUUGAACGGCACGUACCCUAUCCCGUUCAGGUUCCGUUUCCGAUAACGAUCCAGCGGAGGGUUCCGAUCAUGGUCGAACGGAAAAUUCCGAUCUACGUCGAUAAGCCGAUUCCGGUGCAAGUGGACCGUCCGGUGCCUUAUCCCUUGCCGAUCGAAGUGCCAGUGUUUCACAAAGUGGCCGUUGAAGUGCCGAAGCCAUACCCGGUGCACAUUCCUCAGCCCUAUCCGGUGUACAUCCAGAAGCCAUUGUAUGUCAAACAAUCGAAAUCCAAUCGUGUCAAAAAGCAUACGCUCAGAAUGGUACGGUCUAUGCACUGA